UUUUGUUUCGCAAAGAAAAAAAACUACUGCGAGGUCUUCUUUGUAAGGAUAGUAAGGAUAGAGUUUUACAAUAAAUCCUAGUUUCUUGGGCUGGUAAUUAUUUUUUCUGUGAAUGAGAGUAAUAUGCAUUUUUCUCGGAAAGGCGUUGCUGGUUUCUUGACGAUGCGUGGGUGGCUUUCCAGUUGUUUACGGUAAAUAAAACGUUAUGAAGCCAUUUGCAUUUCAAGGCAAGAAUGAACAGUGACAUUGACGCAUGUUCAGGCGCCUGCUUCCAGCGCAGAGUAUUCUAGAGCUUUGCACCAUUUGCGUAAAUGACAUGCAAUAAGCGUGGGUGAGGAAUUUCGACCAAGCGAUUUAUUUUUGGCUACCCACCACGUAUGUUUACAAGUAUUCAGCGAAGUUGGAAGUUGGCAAAAGAAAAAGCAAGCCCUCGCCCAGAAAUAAAAGGCAACACCCACUCGAAUGCCAAGUCCAGUUUGGAGAAGCUGUGAGCUAUGGCUGAACAAUGCACGGUCUACGUAAACGAUACGUAAGGCUCGCUAUGAGGAAUUUCCGCACAAACUAGCCACCAAGUAAAAGUUGUAGAAUUUCCAAACCAAACCGCCGCUGACCAAUAGCGUGCAUAAACAACAAACAGCAAUAUUACACAAAUGCAGCCAGGAUGCCAUUGAGAAAACUGUUCCGGAAAUUUUACUUGGAGUAUCAUCAGAGGCAUGCGUGCCUGUCCACAGUGGACUCAACGACAUCCACCACCGAUAAGGCACCAACAGGAGGCCCAGUCCCCCAGGAAGGCGGUCAUCAGGGCUCACCUUAUCGGACCGUAGACGAUCUGCCCGGUCCCAGGCGGUUCCCGUUUAUAGGGACAUUGCUCUCGUGGUUUAUCAAGAGAGAGGAGCUUCACCUGUUAUCGGUUGAAAAGCACUCCAAAUAUGGCAAGAUGUACUGUGAGAAGCUACUGGACAUGACCCAGGUCGCUGUGAGUGAUCCAAAACUUUUUGAAGAAAUCCUCCGGAAUGAGCCAAAGUUUCCGACCAGACCGUGCUAUCCCUCGUGGCCCAGAUACCGAGAACUCCGCGGCUAUAACCGAGGCUUAUUAACGGCUGAAGGCGACGAUUGGUUUCGAUUCCGAAAGGCAGUCGGGAAACGCCUCCUAAAACCUCAACUUGCAGCUUCAUUUGACGUCGUUAUCAAUGAGGUGGUCGAUGAUAUGAUUAAGCACAUGCGGCACAUGCGAGAAAAGGCGGGAAAAGAUGGCGUAAUAAUGCAGCUUCCGUUUGAAAUGUACAAGUGGUCCAUAGAAUCUGUAAGUAAAGUGCUCUUCGAAAAAAGACUUGGGUGUCUCCAAACCGAAAUUCCUGCGAUGACGCAAAAGUUCAUUGACAAUGUCAACACGAUGUUGGUGACAUCAGAGCGUCUCUUUGUCUUGAUGGAGUUGCAGGAGAAAUACCAAACAAAAUGGUGGCGAGAUCACAUUAGAGCCUGGGACGGCAUGUUUGACGUUGUGAGACACCUGGUGGACACACGGGUUGCGGAGAUAGCCGAUAAGCUGGAGAACACGACUCCGGAUGCCGACGAGGGCAUGGAUUUCUUGACGUACCUGAUGGCUACAAGGAGUAUGGACAUUAAGGAAAUACACUCCACUAUGGUGGAUCUUAUGAUAGGAGGGGUAGACACGGCAUCCAAUACAAUAUGUUUUGCAUGCCAUCUGCUGGCAAACCACCCUGAAGAACAAAGAAAAUUGGUUCAGGAAGUUGACAGUGUUCUCAAGGGUCGCGUAGCCACAGCAGAGGAUAUACCCAAUUUACCUGUCUUGAAAAAGGUCGUCAAGGAAACAUUCAGAUUAUACCCCGUGGUGCCAAUUAAUGCCAGAAUGGUGACAGAGGAGUUUGUACUGGAAGGAUACCUCAUCCCAAAAGACAGUCUGCUGGCUCUGGGAUUUUAUAAUGUUCAACGGAGCGAUGAAUAUUUCGAGCGAGCAAAUGAUUUUAUUCCUGAUCGCUGGGACCGAGAGACGGCUCACGACCACCAUGCUUUCAGCGUCCUGCCCUUUGGAUACGGCGUACGGAGCUGUGUUGGACGCCGCGUUGCUUUAUUGGAGUUGCAUUUGGCUCUUAUUAGGAUUAUACAGAAUUUCCGGUUGGAGCCCUAUGAUGGUUUUCCGCUGGUACCUACCUGCCGCGGCGUUCUCUCCCCGGGUCAGGAAGUACCUGUCAGGUUCAUUGACCGCGGCCUAGGAGUCACUGACCUCAAGGAUAAUCACGUGACAACGCAGAAGGCUAAACAACCAAUGAACUUGACUGCUGCGGCACAGUGAGAAUAGAUGGUAUUCAAGUAUUGCGGGAAAUUCAAAAUUGCCUUUGCCGCUUUUAUUAAUUUAUUUUUAUAUUUCGAACGUUGUUUGACCAUGAGUAAAUACUGAGAAACCGAAAACAAUGGCAUCAGUAGCCAGUUAAAUACAGAUAGUAUUCAAUGGAGAAAUGCAGUUAUUAGCAUAGAAUUCAGUGAACAGUAUGACGUUACUACAGUGCAAACUUCUGACCAACCUAUGCAAUCCUGCGUAGCCCAAUACGUUCAUUUAAUGGAAGGAUAAAUUUAACAUGCAAAAACUGGAAGGUGUUACACGUUUUGCACAUGCGGUUUGACUUCAAUGGAACCAACGCAGCUUUCAAAACGUUGCUGACCAAUUCACUGCCAUGAAUGAAACGCUGUUCAAUCGAAGAAACAAAGAACCGAUAUUGAAGGAAUUAACAAUUGUCCAGAAGACAAAUUUAAUGGGUAGUCCUUGGUAAAUAGUAUGUGUGAUUGACAAGAAUUAGAAGGGAGAGGAUCUGUGCUGUAUAUGAAGCCAUAUAAGUUCAAGUGUUUUAUUUUUACAUGUUGAAUGCAUCAUGUAUUUUCAGUCUGUAACACGUCAUGGUACAAUGUGUAAUACGUCAUGAUACAAUGUGGCACGCGUCAUAACUUUAUGUGGAACACGUCAUAACACGCCAAAUAUUGCAGGCUGUGAUAAGAGGUGGCAUAUCAACGUAGUAAUUGAAUGGUAAGGAACGUGACGAUCUUGUGGGCUAUCGCAUUCUUGUUAAUUAUUUGUAAAAUGCACUUAUAAGGGAUGCAAGUAUUUAAUCCUAUCACACACGCACGCACACACACGAACACACACACGUAUCUAUUUAAAAGUGCCAGGACGUCCAUUCAAAAUGUACAGAAAGACAGGUUGAAUACAACGGGUGCCAUUUUACUAAUUAAAAGAAAAACCUUGUAAAUAUUUUAUUUUUGUGCAGAAUUUCAACUGUUGGUUUAGCUAUUAUUGGCAUAUGAGCUGAAAGCCCUAUGUCAUUUGUAAAAAAAAAUUAAGUAUUAUUUUUGACGAAAAAAAAUUGUAGCAUUUCACAUUUGUAAGAAAAGUGGUAUAUAUAAAGUUUACAUUACAGUCUAGUAUUAUUUGUCCCCAUUUUAUACUCCAUACGAGAGGCCAGCCGGCUGAUGACGGCACUUUUGCUCGCUCGCAGAGAAAUGUGCACAGAAAAAGCAAGAGACAUAUCUGUGAAUAGGUAGUGUUUAAGAUUCUCUAUAUAACCCCAGUAGAGGGUACCGACGCAUAGCGUUAUCAUAUCCACAUCUUUAUUAAAUGCAGUCAUAAAGCCAUGGCACAUAUUGUACAGUACAUAUUAUGCAAAUUCGUAUACCAUAAUACAUAGGGUGCAAUAAGAUAAUUAUAUACAGGAUUAAUUCUAACAUUAUUGACAGGGUGUAUAGAAAUGGAGGAUAUUUGAUAUCAAACUGGUGAUCAUAAGCACUGUAACCUCUUGUAAAACAAGUUUUGAGAAGUUGCACUUUAUUCUAUCUCCUAUCUAUCUAUAUUUAUAUAUAAAAUAUUUGGGGCGAUGAAAGCUAAGAGGUAUAAUUACAAAUAUUUUAUUCUUUUUACUCUUGAAGGGUAUUAUUUAACUUAUUACACGUUGAUCUUAGUUAAGUAGUGUCACGGUGAAAACAUGCAAGUUUUGAAAAGAAAAAUGUCUUCCAUCGAAAGGAGAAGAUUUUAGUGCCAAGAUUUGGUAGCUAUGUUGUGUGUAUAGACACAAAAUCAAGCAGAAUGUUCAAGCGGCAAUCCAGAGAAAAAACAUUUGCAGUGCCCAUUAAUAUAAAACUACAGCGGUGAACACUACCGACUUUCUCGAGUACAAGGAUAAUACUAUUCGUGCUUACCAAGUGUUUGUCAACGCUAUGCUGAUGGAAUUGAGCAAAAUCUGUUA